GGAUGUAUUUGUUCCAUUAUACUAUAUACAAAUGUAAAUGAUAGUAGUUGGUAUUCAUUUUGUCUGUUCGAGUCGCGGCCAUUAUUGGAAUUAGUCUGGAGUCGUUUACAGUGACGUAUCAAUUAUCCGCCAUUGACAUUUGUGCUAGUGCUAGCGUUGAAGGAUGCUUCGGCCCAGUCUCCACUUUCAAGUCCAUUCCGCCAACAGGCAUGAAGUCCCCCAGUAUGUAAGUCAGACGUCUUAGACUGCGGCCCAGAGGAAUCCUACCUGACACCAAAAAAGGUGACAUGGAUAACAAAAAGAGAUCAUACGGUUCCGCCAACACUGAAAGCUUGGUGUACUGGUCGUCCUCAUUUCUACGACAACCAGCAAGGGUCCUGAUUGUAGAGGCACUGCCGCCCUGGUGGUCCAACACCUGCCCAGUACUCUGCGAUGCUCUUGAUAACUUCUUGUCCCUGGCGUGUAGUCUGGAUGGACCCUGUAGACUCCCACACCUCAGUUUGUACUCGCUCAGCAGGCAGCAAGAAUGUCUGCUUCCAUUUGUGCAAGUUCGUGGUAACCUGGCCAGGUUGCGUUCCUGCGUGGAGGAGCUGAGGUCGAUCCCCAGCGAAGGCUGCAGCAGAGGAACAGCCAGGGGAGGCGAGAUGCUGCGACAGGUGGUUCUGGACAGCCUGCAGCAGUUCAAACAGUACAUGAGACACAUUGAGGCCAACAGCCAGGCCAACAGUCACACAUGCGUCGAGGUUACCGUGGUGACUGGCCGGCCUGGUCGAGGCGUUGUUCACUUUUUGGAGAACGGGCUCACGGAUGCUGACCUGGUGCCACUCAAGCGUCUCCUGGUGGUGCAGCUCCACACUGAGGCAGAGUGCGGUGAAGAUGCUCCCUCACCUGAAGCCUCACGUGAUGCCAGCGAAGAUAAUCUGUUGUUGGUGGACCUGCAGCAGGUGGACAACAAUGUGAUUGCAGUGGAGUCUGUGUUAAAAGCAUGGCUUCAAGAGCAAGGCGGGGACAAGGAACACCUCCACCUUCUUCUGCCCAGCCCACUGGAGAAUCACAUUCCAAUGUGCAUUAAGUGCGACAAGCAGGAGCGUCUGAUCAGCCCCGCCCUCAUCCCACUGACCCCCCACCUUGGUGUGAAGACAGAGAGCGUUCGUGAUUUCAUGUCUGUCUCAAAAGGUGCAACCAAUCAGAGCCAAGUACCACAGAAGCUGAGAGCAAUCAAGGCCCUGCGUGCUGAUGGCAUGUGUGAAAGCAUGUUGUACGGCCUGCCACUGGUGAUCCGCCCCACUACCUGCUGGCAGCUGGACUGGGAUGAGAUGGAGAACAACCACAACUGGUUUCAUGCUCUCUGCCACACACUACAGAGUCGUGACAUGGUCCUCCUGCUGCAGGUAGAAUCCACUCAAAGGUCGGCAACUGGAGGCCCAGCUGUGUUUUCUCACUAUGUCCUCCAACCCUCGGCAUCUCUCUCCUUCCUCCUGAAGCCGGUGGUCUCAAGAGAAUUGUUGUUGCCUUGCACCCCAUCAUUGCCAGUGCAGGAUCCCACACCUGAAGCCAUGCAGGUCAUACAGGGCUGCUUCACCCAGAUGGACGAGGAAUGUGUGUUCAAUCCCCACUCUCUGAGCAGCAACCUUUACCCUCACCUCAGAAGCCGAGGCCUGCUUUCCCAGCCGCGAUAUCCCUACAGGCUGCAGCCAGCUAUACAUAGACAGCAGUCUCAACCACCAGAGGGAGCUAAAGCCACAGCCAGCAGACAACCGCGUCAGCAACCAAACCAGGCUCGUCAGCUAGGAAUGAAGAGCAAGAUCAAGGCGACCGUGUCCCCCAUGCCCUUCUCUUGUUCGUCUUCACUGGGACUCCCACUUGCCAAGGCCUCUCGUCCCGUUUUGACCUUCCAAAGCAGUGGCAGCCAUCAGGCAUUCGUCUCUGCUCAUCAGGAACAGUGUGACGACAGCUCCAUAAUAACCCUGGAAGAGGACUGAUGGGUGAGUGGAGACAAAAGCAACACACAAGAAGGCCUCUCUGCUUUCCCUCACCACAGCUCAAGAAUCUCUCUGCAGGAGUUGAAAGGUGCCGUAGGACGAGAUGAAUGAAGAUAAGAGACAACAUCUUUUAGUUUAAUUUUGGAAAUUGUAAACAUGACUGAACGUUUCUACGUGUUAGUGUGUGUGUGUGAUGUUCGAAAUAGAGUCAAUGCAAGUUCAUGCAUGUACACAUCUGACCCAUUUUGCAAGGAUUUGCCCACACACAAUGCAAUUGAUUCAAACUCAUAUUAGUGUGUUGCCUCCAUCCAUUAUUACUAAUUAUACAGUAUAUUCCUCACAUAAGAGCAUCAUCUCUUUUACAUACACACACGUAUAACCAGGCUUUAAUCAGUCUCCCGCCAUUCCACCCCCAUGUUGAACCUUGUCACAUCCAGCGACGACCAGUGAGAAAUUACCUCAUGGCGUUGUGAUGUCACAGGACUUCCGCAUUCAGAAAUGACAACCACAACGACUCUUUUGUCUGCAGAGAAUUUGUGCAAACCACUAAGUCCUCAUACUGACUUUACUUGCUCGUUUCCCUGGUUCUUUGUUUUCCCUCGCAUCUUUUCUGUCAUUGUGUGUAAAUUUCAUAAGGUGGUUUAAAUAUAAAAACAAGAAGCAGUUCCUCUUUCAGCCUGCUAACCGUGUAAGGAGAAGCGAGAUAGCAAAAGGGCUAUUUUGGUGUGGGUGUGUGCACUUAUAUUUCAUUAGUUUCAGAGACUUUUCAAGUUUUGCCAUAUGACAGAAAUGUCAGAUUUUAAGAAGUUUGAGUGUUGUGUUACUGUUUGGCUUUUGUAUUUUGUUCAUUGAUGAUUAUACAGUAUACAGUUGUGUCAGUGACACCAUGGUGUAUUCUGAUAUUUUGGUGGGAGGAUUUUAAAUGUGUCUACAUGAUUAGAACUGCCAUCUUCUUGCUUCAUUUAAAUGUUUAAAAAAAAAAAACAUAAGGGAUAUUGCACUGUCAGAGGCUAAGGGCUAUAGUUUUAAACAACUCAGCAUGAUAUCAAUGCUGCAACUUCCUGCUUUGUUCUUUGUGUUUCAUUUUGAAGCAAUCGAAUUGGCACCUCACAAUAAAAAAAAAUAUCUUGCG